AUGUCUAAGAUUCCAAAAGCUGCGCUGAGCCUGAAACAGUUUAUGCUACGACAAGAAGUGCUCAAGCUAUAUCGGACGAUAUUUCGAACCAUCCGGCAGGUUCCGGAUGCGGCAAACCGGCGGGACCUACGAGAUUGGGCAAGGACGGACUUUCGUAACAAUAAGAACCAAACGGACGAGCUAGCCAUCAAAAUGCUGCUGCAGCAUGGUACAAGAAGCCUCAAGGAAUUACAAACGAGUCUCGAGCUCAGUGGAACCGACACCAGCAACAAAGCGAAUACAAAGCAUAGCUAA